AGAAGACGCAAUGAAAUGAUUAGAAGUGGUACAAUGAAAAUAUUAGGAAGAAGUACAAUAAGAAUAUUGGAAAAGAUACAUGAGAGAUUGGAACACAAUGAAAAUAUUAGAAAAGGUGUAUUAGAUAUUGGUGCAAUAAAAGACUAUAAAGUAGCAAAAUGA